UUGCAACCCUGUCUUCUCUCUCUGCUCUCUCUAUGUAGAAAAGUGCUUAUCAUUGCGAAAGCUGUCAAACGCAAGAAAGAAAGCAAAAAGUCCUGUGGUUUACCAGCGCAUUAAGAGAAACAAACAGAGAGUGGGGAGAGAGCGAAAUAUCAAUGGGUGGUGGUCGGAAAAGUGAAAAGCGCCUGUCGCGUAAAAAUCGCAGUGGAAGUAAGCCGAAAAAUACGGUUUCCUGCUAUACGCGUCCUCGGUCCAGAAAUCGUUCACGCUCCAAAGAUCGCUCACGCUCCCGUUCCCGCUCUCGUUCCCGCUCCCGCUACCAUUCCAAUCGUUCAGCUGCCAUUUUUCAGAACAAGUCAACAAAACGCCGUCGCGGCACCAGCCUGUGGGAUGUGCCGCCCGUGGGCUAUGCCCAUGUGACGCCAAUGCAAUACAAGGCCAUGCAGGCCAGCGGUCAGAUCUCGGCGCGCAUUUUGUCGGACACACAGCCGUCAGCGGACACGGCGGCCAUUGCAAUGGUGACGCGACAGGCGCGACGCCUCUACGUGGGCAACAUCCCAUUUGGCGUCACCGAGGAGGAGAUGAUGGCGUUCUUCAAUCAGCAGUUCCUGCUGGUCGGCGACGACUGCGGCGGGGAGCUCACUCUCGAUGGCAAGGCGGUGCUGUCGUGCCAGGCGAAUCUGGACAAGAAUUUUGCCUUCGUCGAGUUCCGUUCGAUGCAGGAGGCCACGCUGGCGACCAACUUUGAUGGCAUCUCGUUCCGUGGACAGGUGUUGAAGAUACGACGGCCACACGACUACCAUCCGGUUGGUAAUGCUGGCAUUGGCGUUGGCAUCGAUGCCAUGCGAGGCUGUGCCUCGUCGGCAUCAUUUCUGGUUGGAAAAUCGCUGCUCUCUGUGGCCACUACCGUUCCAGGUGCACUGAGCAGCCAGGCAGUGCCAAAUCUCGUUCCCGAUUCGCCGCACAAGAUCUACAUUGGGGGUUUGCCCAACCUGCUGAACGAGGCACAGAUCAAGGAGCUGCUGCUGUCCUUUGGCCUGUUGCGUGGCUUUAAUCUGGUCAAGGACCCCAGCACGAGCCUCAGCAAGGGAUACGCCUUCUUCGAGUACAUCGAUCCAUCGCUCACGGAGCAGGUCAUUGCCAGCCUCAAUGGCAUGCAGCUGGGGGAUCGCCGCCUCAUCGUUCAGCGCUCCAUUCCCGGCGGUCGCUACUCGAGCACCCAGCAGAUUCCCAUUCAAGUGCCUGGCAUAGUGGCGACAUCCUUCGCAGCAGCCACCACGGGACUGAACAAUGCCACCCAAGUGCUGUGCCUCCUCAAUAUGGUGCUGCCGGAGGAGCUGUUGGACAGCGAGGAGUACGAGGACAUACGCACCGACAUCGAGCAGGAGUGCAGCAAAUACGGCGAGGUUCUUAGUCUCAAGAUACCACGGCCCCACGGUGUGAGCGUAGACGGAGGCGCAGGCACUGGCACUCCGCCCAAAGGCUGUGGCAAGGUGUAUGUCCAUUUCAGCACCAUCGAGGAUAGCGAAAAGGCUCUGGGUGCCCUGAGUGGCCGCAAAUUUAGCGGCCGCAUUGUCAUUGGUUCAUUUUUCGAUCGGGACAAAUAUCUGUCAGAUGAUUUUUGAUUUUUCAUUAGAGUUUGCUUUUUGCAAUUUUUAAUUUAAUAUAAUAAAUA